CGUUGACAAUUUUGACAGUUAUUUUAUAUUUUACUUAAAUUUUUGAAGGUUUGGUGUUUGUUGAUCGGGUUUGCGGAAAACCUUACUUUUUCUCGAUUUCAAAUCUAAUAAAAUUGCUAUUGAAGUGGAGAAAAAAUUUCACAAUGGUGAUUAUAAAUUCAUUCAAAUACCCAGAAUCUACGAUUCGAUGCCUAAAAGAGGACGUCCGACUAAUCCUUGAUAAAAAAGAUCUUGGUAAAGGCACCCUUUAUGUGAGUGAAAGUACUUUGUGCUGGCAUCAAAGGGAACGGGACAACUAUGGUCUCACCAUCAACUAUCCCAACAUAUCUCUGCAUGCCAUUUCCAAAGAUUUGGCUGUCUUCACUGGAGAAUGCGUUUAUGUGAUGGUGGAUGGACAAAUUUCAAUGCCAGGUGACCCACCACCAGAAAAUGAAGAAGAUAGUGAUAACAGUGAUAUGGAAUCUGCUUCAGAUAUCUCAGAAAUACUACUAGUACCUAACACUACAGAAGCCAUCUCAGAAAUAUAUGAAGCUAUCAGAAUAUGCCAGGAGUUGAAUCCUGAUCCUCUGGAUGUAGAUGAAGAUAGUGUUGAGGAAGAUGAUAAUCUUUAUGAAGAUGCUGAAGAUGAUAUGAAUGAAGAAUAUGAUAAUGCUUCUGAGAGAGGUGGUGGAGAUGCUGAUAUUGAUGAUAUUACAAGGAGGAUUCGUGAUAACCUUCCUGAUGUUCAAGUUAAUUACAGAAAUGGGCAUAAUGAGGAAGAUGAAUUCCAAGAUGCAGAUUGAGUUGUUUUUGAGUUAUCUGCUUGUUUUUUUGUUUUUUGUACUUUUAUAAUGAUUGAUGUGAUUCUAGUAUUGUCUUAGGAAAUAUGACUAAGUUACUCACUAACUCACCAUAAGCUUUGUUUCUGAGAGAUGGAAUUAAAAGUUUGGUUGUAACUUGAUUUGUUCCAAAUAUUUGAUUCAUCUAAAUAUCUAAUGAUUAUUAAAAUUAUAUAUAAAAA